ACUGUAAAGGUGAGUUAGCCUGUCUGCUACAGCUAAGCUAACAGCCUAGCGAGCUAAUGUUAGCAUUUAGCAUUUAGCAACAAGAUCUGACGGAGGUGUUUCCAAAACGACAGGUAGCUAGCUAACCUGGCUAGCUGUCUUAACCGUGAGAGCUCGCGAGGAUGACGAUGCCGCAUGUAGGUGCAGUUUUCGCUGCAAUAGCAGGAGUGAUGGCUAUCCUGUUGCACUCCUCUAUUCACAAGAUAGAAGAAGGACACCUAGCUGUGUACUACAGGGGCGGAGCAUUGCUGACCUCUCCAAACGGUCCUGGAUAUCACAUUAUGCUACCUUUCAUCACCACCUACAGAUCAGUGCAGACUACACUCCAAACGGAUGAGAUCAAGAAUGUGCCUUGUGGAACGAGUGGUGGUGUGAUGAUCUACUUUGACAGGAUAGAAGUUGUCAACAUGCUGGUACCAUUAGCAGUGGUGGACAUUGUGAGGAACUACACCGCUGAUUAUGACAAAACUCUAAUCUUUAACAAGAUUCACCAUGAACUUAACCAGUUCUGCAGUGUACACACACUACAGGAAGUCUACAUCGAGCUGUUUGACAUUAUUGACGAGAACCUGAAGACCGCGUUGCAGAAAGAUCUAAAUAAUAUGGCGCCUGGACUCACAAUACAGGCAGUGCGUGUUACCAAGCCAAAGAUCCCCGAGUCUAUCCGGAGGAACUUUGAACUCAUGGAAGCAGAGAAGACUCGUCUGAUGAUAACCGUUCAGACGCAGAAGGUUGUGGAGAAGGAAGCAGAGACUGAAAGGAAGAAGGCCAUUAUUGAGGCUCAGAAAAUGGCCCAGGUGGCUGAGAUCCACUUCCAGCAGAAGGUCAUGGAGAAGGAGACGGAGAAGAGGAUCUCUGAAAUCGAGGAUUCUGCCUUCCUGGCGCGAGAGAAGGCUAAAGCUGAUGCAGAAUAUUACACUGCUUUCAAGAUUGCAGAAGCGAACCAGCUGAAGUUAACCCCGGAGUACCUGGAGCUGGCAAAGUACCAGGCCAUAGCAUCUAACAGUAAGAUCUACUUUGGCCAGGAAAUUCCUAACAUGUUUGUGGAGGGUAACAACAACCCGCCAAAGUCUGCACGCUCCUCCGGCCUGCCCAAUGAUCAACCAGACUUUCUCAAAACAAAAGCGAAGGGGCAGUGAGUCCUCGGCUCUGCCUCUGCGCGGGACCGAAGAACCUGCAGAGGACUCGUCUCGUCUGUGAGGCAGAGAGCACUGAACUGAAGACGAACCGGAGGCGACAGCUUUGCAGCUAGUGUGCUAAACAACAUACUUCAGUCUUAAUCUAACAUGACAAAGAAGGAGUGUGGAAACUUAUGGACAAGCAGAAGACAGCGCUUGGAAUGAUGCCAUAGUUAAAAAUCGAAAGCAUAAUUCAUGCUUAUGCCUGGGAAGGCGACAGCAAGUAGUCGCCCUAAUUUACACGUGCUUGCAAUCAGUGCAGUGUUUAACUUUGCUGCUGGAUCUGCAUUAAUUUUGUUUGUUGUAUGCAAGAAGAGUGCUUUGUUAUGAAUAGAUUUUUUGAGAUUUAAUUUCUGGUUACGUUGAACUGGAAUCUCGACAGGUGACACUAAUUAAAAGAGCGAUGGCUUCUGUUGGGUGUGUGACGGGGGUCGGUCGCCUCGGUGCCAUCUUUGCUUACACUAAUUCACUGGCUGAUUCUUGUGUCUCGACGAGAGUCUGUGCGAGGGCUAUUAAAGGCACACUUUCAUAGAAAAUGCUGCUUGUGGAGAAGAUAAUUAUUAUGUUAAUAUGCAUUCAGCCGUUUCAGAAUUACCCAUGAGAUUAUUUCGGUGGAGCCCGCUUCAUCUCCAGUGGGCUGAAAUGAUCCAGAAGAUUUUUUUUUAAAUAUCACUCUUGAAAUAAGUGACCUGACUUUGUUAAAAUUUCACCCGAGCAUGCUUGAAGUUAGUUACUCAUCUACAGACACUCAAGUCUUAAAAGUUGGAGGGCUAUCUGCUUUUGUUCAGUUUCUAUAGUUAUUACACAGUGGUGUCAGUUUAGUCGUCAUGUACUUUAUUUCCUUGGUGAUAGUUUGCUGUUAUUGAGCGUUCAGCCUACACACACACACACGCACACACACACACAGACUUGAGAUGCUGUUGAAAAGAAAAUCUGUUUCUCCCCAAAAGUCGAUGAAUAGUGAAAGGUUGAUUUAUACGGGAGGGUUAAAGGGAAUCAGCUGAAUUAUUGUGCCACUGGGGGAAGACGUGGAUUGUCUUCCUUGUAAAGAACUGCGAACAUCUUUUAUCUUCCAUCUGAUUUUGAGUAUCAGGGCCAUGCAUGUGUACGUUUUGUGGUGGCUUGAUUCAGAUGAUUAGUAGUGCCUGCGAUUGUCUGCCAACUAUGUUGUCAUGCAGCUUAUAUAGAUUCAAUGUAAAUUCUCAGGAAGCUGACUUUUAAUUUUAGUAAAACAGCUGCUCAUUGUUGGAGAAUGCGUGCAGUCUUUUGAAGAGUUAAAACCCCCCAAUAAUGGCAAAUAUAUCGAGAUUACAUUGAGUACAGUGAAAUCUGCGAGGGGUUAAAGUUGUGAAACCGGACAAUAUUUUCUCAUCGAGUAUGAACGCAGCUAUGAUUCAAUGUCUAACAAGUCCACUACUAAAAAAAAAAAAAGCACCACUUGCAGAUGGAAUUAGGAGUAGUUGUGUCCUUAAGGAGACAUUUUUAUUGCUCCGUCUAUUUACAGAAGACGUCCAGGACUUCAAAUAUCAGGAGGUCAUUGGUCUGUCAAAGUCGAAAAUAAUCUAAGCAAAACCUCCUUUCUUGUCAAUGUUUACACUUCUCUGUGAUUCAAGAAUUGAUGGCUUACAGAGUUUUUUUCAUUUUUUUUUUUUCAUCUUUGCUAAACAAGAUCAUUUUAAGGAUGUAAAAGGAAACACAAGCCCGGCACGGCUCCUCAUCACACUUCAUGUUUAACUCUUUUUUUGUGUGUGUGUGAUGACAUGAGAUGAGAAACCUGCUUUGAUCUAUUUAAAGAUGAAUGUUAAUAAAAAAAAAAAAACUUGGGCUUAAA